GAGCGGAGUUUGUCCGCAGCCGCCCCUCCCCGCCCCCGGGCACCGAGCUCCUCACCUGCCCUCCGCCCACCCGCGGGCCCCUUGCCAACUUCUCCCCGCAACUGAGGCUAACAGGCAGUUCCUGCCCUCUUUUCUGUCCCGACGGCAUCCGCAUGUCUCCGGACACCUGAAAGCCCCGGUCCAGUCCAGGAGCCUCCUGUGGGAGAGGAGGGCCAGCUCCUCUCGCCCCGCACAGCAACGCGGACAGCGGACGUCUCACCUCUGGGUCCUGUCCCCUCCUUUUUUUCCGGGGGAGGAGGAUGGGGUUGGGAACGCUUUCCCCGAGGAUGCUCGUGUGGCUGGUGGCCUCGGGGAUUGUUUUCUAUGGGGAACUGUGGGUCUGCGUUGGCCUCGAUUAUGAUUACACUUUUGAUGGGAAUGAAGAGGAUAAAACAGAGACAAUAGAUUACAAGGACCCGUGUAAAGCCGCUGUGUUUUGGGGUGAUAUUGCCUUAGAAGAUGAAGACUUAAAUAUCUUUCAAAUUGAUAGGACAAUUGACCUUACACAGAACCCCUUUGGAAGACUUGGACAUACCACAGGUGGACUUGGAGACCAUGGUAUGUCAAAGAAACGAGGGGCCCUCUACCAACUUAUAGACAGGAUAAGAAGAAUUGGCUCUGGCUUGCAGCAAAACAACACAGUUAAGGGAAAAGUACCUCUAAAAUUCUCAGGGCAAAAUGAGAAAAACCGAGUUCCCAGAGCUGCUACAUCAAGAACUGAAAGAAUAUGGCCUGGAGGCGUUAUUCCUUAUGUUAUUGGAGGCAACUUCACUGGCAGCCAGCGAGCCAUGUUCAAGCAGGCCAUGAGGCACUGGGAAAAGCACACUUGUGUGACUUUCAUUGAAAGAAGUGAUGAAGAGAGUUACAUUGUGUUCACAUAUAGGCCUUGUGGAUGCUGUUCCUAUGUAGGUCGGCGGGGAAAUGGACCUCAAGCAAUCUCUAUUGGCAAGAACUGUGAUAAAUUUGGAAUUGUGGUUCAUGAAUUGGGCCAUGUGAUAGGCUUUUGGCAUGAACACACACGACCAGAUCGAGAUAAUCAUGUAACCAUCAUAAGAGAAAACAUCCAGCCAGGUCAAGAGUACAAUUUUCUGAAGAUGGAGCCUGGAGAAGUGAAUUCACUUGGGGAAAGAUAUGAUUUUGACAGCAUCAUGCACUAUGCCAGGAACACCUUCUCAAGGGGGAUGUUUCUAGAUACCAUUCUCCCUUCCCGUGAUGACAAUGGCAUACGUCCGGCAAUUGGUCAGCGAACUCGCUUAAGCAAAGGAGAUAUUGCACAGGCAAGAAAGCUGUAUAGAUGUCCAGCAUGUGGAGAAACUCUACAAGAAUCCAAUGGCAACCUUUCUUCCCCAGGAUUUCCAAAUGGCUACCCUUCGUAUACACACUGCAUCUGGAGAGUCUCUGUGACCCCCGGGGAGAAGAUUGUUUUAAAUUUUACCACAAUGGACCUGUACAAGAGUAGUUUGUGCUGGUAUGACUACAUUGAAGUAAGAGAUGGGUACUGGAGAAAAUCACCUCUCCUUGGUAGAUUUUGUGGGGACAAACUGCCUGAUGUCCUUACUUCUACCGAUAGCAGACUGUGGGUUGAGUUUCGCAGCAGCAGCAAUUGGGUAGGAAAAGGCUUUGCAGCAGUCUACGAAGCAAUCUGUGGAGGUGAGAUACGGAAAAACGAAGGACAGAUUCAGUCUCCAAAUUAUCCUGAUGACUAUAGACCGAUGAAAGAAUGUGUGUGGAAAAUAACAGUGUCUGAGGACUAUUACGUCGGAUUGAACUUUCAGGCCUUUGAGAUUGAGAGACACGACAACUGUGCCUAUGACUACCUAGAAGUUCGAGAUGGAACCAGCGAAAAUAGCCCUCUGAUAGGGCGUUUUUGUGGUUACGAUAAACCAGAAGAUAUAAGAUCUACUGCCAAUACCCUGUGGAUGAAGUUUGUUUCGGAUGGAACUGUUAACAAAGCCGGAUUUGCUGCUACUUUUUUUAAAGAGGAAGACGAGUGUGCCAAACCUGAUCGUGGAGGCUGUGAGCAACGGUGUCUGAAUACCCUGGGCAGUUACCAGUGCGCCUGUGAGCCUGGCUACGAACUGGGACCUGAUAAAAGGAGCUGCGAAGCGGCUUGUGGAGGACUUCUCACCAAACUUAAUGGCACCAUAACCACUCCGGGCUGGCCCAAGGAAUACCCUCCUAAUAAAAAUUGUAUAUGGCAAGUGGUUGCACCAACCCAGUAUAGAAUUUCUGUGAAAUUUGAGUUUUUUGAAUUAGAAGGCAAUGAAGUUUGCAAAUAUGAUUAUGUGGAGAUAUGGAGUGGCCUUUCCUCUGAGUCUAAAUUGCACGGCAAAUUCUGUGGUGCCGAAGUGCCUGAAGUGAUCACAUCCCAAUUCAAUAACAUGAGAAUUGAAUUUAAAUCUGACAAUACUGUAUCCAAGAAGGGCUUCAAAGCACAUUUCUUCUCAGACAAAGACGAAUGCUCUAAGGACAAUGGCGGGUGUCAACACGAAUGUGUGAACACAAUGGGAAGUUACAUGUGUCAGUGCCGUAAUGGAUUUGUGCUGCAUGAAAAUAAACAUGACUGCAAGGAAGCUGAAUGUGAACAAAAGAUCCACAGUCCAAAUGGUAUCAUCACCAGUCCCAACUGGCCAGACAAGUACCCAAGCAGGAAAGAAUGCACAUGGGAAAUCAGCGCCACUCCUGGCCACCGAGUCAAAUUGGCCUUUAGUGAGUUUGAGAUUGAGCAACAUCAAGAAUGUGCUUACGAUCACUUGGAAGUGUUUGACGGAGAAACGGAAAAAUCGCCAAUUCUUGGACGGCUAUGUGGCAACAAGAUACCAGAGCCCCUUGUAGCUACUGGAAAUAAAAUGUUUGUUCGGUUUGUUUCUGACGCAUCUGUUCAAAGAAAAGGCUUUCAAGCCACACAUUCUACAGAGUGUGGUGGCCGACUGAAAGCCGAAUCAAAACCCAGAGAUCUGUACUCGCAUGCUCAGUUUGGUGACAACAACUACCCAGGACAGGUCGACUGUGAAUGGCUAUUAGUGUCAGAACAGGGUUCUCGACUCGAGUUGUCCUUCCAGACGUUUGAGGUGGAAGAAGAAGCCGACUGUGGCUAUGACUAUGUCGAGCUCUUUGAUGGCCUCGAUUCAACAGCUGUGGGGCUUGGUCAUUUCUGUGGAUCAGGCCCACCAGAAGAGAUCUAUUCAACUGGGGAUGCGGUUUUAAUUCGUUUUCAUACUGAUGACACAAUCAACAAGAAAGGAUUUCAUAUAAGAUACAAAAGUAUAAGAUAUCCAGAUACCAUGCAUACCAAAAAAUAACGCCAAAACCUCUGUUGGAACAUACAGGAACGCACAUAAUGGAGAGAAGGCAUAUUUUUUUAAACUGAAGAUACUAGCACAAAUGUUUUAUAUAAUGAGUUUGAACAAAAGCAAACUGUAAGAAUAGCAUUACCUAUGUACUAAAAGAGAAACUUCUGGAUAACCCAGGUCAGCACUAUGAGGAUAUCUGAACUCCUUGCUUGACAGACUUAAUAAACAUGAUGAAAGGACAUCAAGUGCUUCAGUGAAGACUCUAAAAGCUUCUGUUCACAGCUUAAUAUAGAUGCCUCACAAUUCAGACAAAUCAUUUCAGGGGCUGUGACACUGCAGAGUGUACUUUUCGACAAUUUUCCAAGAUUUGGGGAAAUAAAAUGAUCUUGUAGGUCACAAACUGGAAAACCAUCUUCUCAUAUCUGAAUAUAAUUGCUUUGGCGCUGUGUCUAGGAUACAAUGCAAACUAGAUCCAUAUAAGGUGAUGUGAAAUGGAAGUCUUUUGAAGGUGGUUUGUACUUUAAAUGUCUAGUGUGUGUCUCAUGUUCAGAAAACAGAAUAUUUCAGCUUCAUUAUUUUCACUCACAGGCCCACUUAACCUCUUUGAAAUCCAGCUGAUCUCGACACCACUUCAUUUUGCUGACAUUUUGACACGUUUGAAAUGUCAGCAAUGUCUAUUAUUGCAGUUAAGCCCUAGACAUCAUUGAUUUAAGUAUUGGAAAAAGCCUAGUUGAUUGGUAAACUCAGUUCUUUGUGUGAAAGUGUUGCCUUCUCAUACCAGAUCCAAGAAAUCUUGUGAACCUUACAAGAAAACUCCCAAGAGAUGUGUGCAGAAUUCUUCUGACUGACUGCCUGGGUGGUUCACACUCAAGUUACCACUGCUGCUGUUGUCUUUCUUUUGACUAUUUUGUGCAUCUGAUGUUGUUAUACUUGAUGUUGUCAUGGUUAAUGUAAUAUUUAAAAAAAAAAAUGAAAUGAUGCAAAGGAGAUCUUAUAAGAACUGAAAGGACUCUUCUUGCUCCUAGGAUUCAGUUAAAAAAAAAAAAGAUGCAAUGUUGGAAAAAAAGAAUUUGGUUCUGAAAGACUUUCUAUGGUGCUAUUCCAUAAACAUAUUUUUUUUAAACAAAGUUUUUGACCUUUGAGCCAACAUCCCGUAGGCUGUGAAUGUCUCCCUACGUCUGGCUGGUGGCAUUUGAAGAAAAAAGACUUGUUAAAUGUAUUAAGAUUGUUUUCUUGCAAUGGCAGCACUUGUCCUGUGGAACAACUGCUUGUAAUACCUUAGAAUUCUUGCACAUGAUAAAAUCGAUCCUCCUGUAGACACACCUUUUGAAAUGUUGAACAUAAUAUUGUAUGUUAACAGCUCUAUGAGGAAAAUCCAUUCCAUGACUGAGAAUAUCAGCGAUAAAUAUGAUGACUUGCUUUCGUUGCAGAACAUGUCAUUCUAGAAUGAAUUUUCUGCUUUGAAGCCAGGUGUGUUCUUAACAUUAGUGUAUGUAUAUGUAAGGUUUUCUGAGCGAGUGAAGCUACAAGAAGGCGAAAAGUAGUGGGUGGUCGAAAAGUUAAAAUUUAUGUGCCAAGUUCUACCAGAAUCCUGUCUGAAGUAGCAUCUUUUUUAGAAAGUUUCAUGGACAAAUAAUGGGAACUUCUAGUUAGUAUCAACUGCAUCAAUAAAAGACUUUCUUUUAGAGAAACUCUAUUUUGAUAUGUUUUGAUGGGGAUGUAGAUUGCUCUAUGAAGAAGCUUUGUUUCUGUUACCUGUCCAUGAACAUUCAACAGCAUUUAAUAAAAUUGGGUCUUUUUCUUCAUGUUUACAAAUUAAACUACACACAUAUAUGUAGCUUAUUUGUGUUUCUGUCAUUGUUGCCCUGCAUAUCUUUUCUUGAAAUGAGUUAUAAGAUGUAAAUACAUUUUUAAAACCAAUCAUUUGUUCUUAUUGAAUGUCACUUUGAAAACGUAUAACUCUUGACUGAAAUUUAGAUGAGUUUUUUCACUGAGCUAAUUUAUUCCAGUAAGUUCUAAUUUUUUUUUCAUUCAUCUCCAAUUUGCCAAAAUACACUGGGGAUGGAGAAAAGAGGAGAAAUGGACCUCAACUGAAUACCUGUAGUGUACUAGGCCUUGUGUUACGUAUGCACACUAGCUCUUUCUAAACUUCAUGCUACCCUUUGAUGGCUGUGGUCCUCCUAUUUUGUAGUUCAAGAUCUGAGGCUCAAAGAGUUUAUGUAACCUCCUGAAGGUCACAGUGUAAAGUUAGAAGUUGAACCGCAAUUUGCUUGACAUUAGACUCGUAUGAGCUUCUUCUACAAAAGGUAGUAGAAUCAAUCUUGAGGUGUAUAAAUAGUAGAUUUUUUUUAAUGAUGAAACUUUUCUACAUAAAGUAAAUUUCAGGAGUGAAUUAGAACGAAAUUUUCAGGAUAAACACACUGCUUCUUCCAGGAACGGCAUGAGAAUUAGAAUAUCAACUAUAGCUAUCAUUAAGAACCACAAUUAGUACUAGAAAUUUACGAAGUCAAAAACAACUACUCUGUGGUUUAGCCUUAGUAACAACAGGCUUUUUGUAAUAAUAAAUAUGUUAAAUUAUUUUAUCUAGAGUGGUAGAAGAAAUAUAGUGUUUUAUUUUGAGUAUUCUUAAAUCCACAUUAGAGUAAGCACAAUGAGCAUAGUUGACUCAACAAAGAAAUUAAAAUAAGAUAUUUAGAAGGCAUACAGUGAUGUUGUCAUAAAUUUAGUGCUUCAACAUAAACAUCAAUAUUAUUGUAUUGUAUGUGAAGUAUCAGUUUACUGCAUAUUAUUAGUUCUUAUAUUAAUUCAAUCAUUGCCUUAAAGAUGUUGUUAAAUGUAAAUAUACACAGCUUCAUUGUUGUUUUGUUAAUAAUUGUUAGUUACUAUUCUAGGUUUCUUAUUAAAUUAAUUUCAUAAAUUAUUUUCAACCCUACAUUGGUAUAUUGGUUGUACUUUAUAUUUGCCAAAGUUCUGACUCCCGUAGAGUCCUCACUGACUAUAAUUAGAAGAAAAAAACUACUCUCACUUA